AUGAAAAAUUUAUUAACCGGUAGAUACUUGAGAAGCAUUGUUGAUGAAAUAAAUACAGACACGUGUUACGGUCAUCUUAUGACUGUUUAUUCAGCACUAAUAAGAGAAAUAGACGUAGAAGCAGAAGAGAAAGACGACUUCAUCGAAGCAUUGAAUUUGGUCAAUGCAAAAUUGAGGGAAUUCGUACCAUUUGAAUACCAAUUUUACAUCAUAGACAGACCAAUUUAUAAGGGAAAGAAGGAGAUGAAGAAAGGAUUGUUCGAAUUGUUUACAGAUUGCAUCAUUCAAAUGGUUCUAGAACACACAACUACAGAAUUAACCAACGAAUUGAAUAAGGUACAAAACAAACAGAAUAACACCAAAGAACAAGCUGGGAUAAACAGCUACAUUUGUAAUGCGCUGUUUAGAAUACGAAAUGUUCCAUUAUCACCAAAAAUGACAAAAUACGUUGCAUUUGCCCUGAACAAAGAUGACAUAAAGGAAUUUCUAAGUUUCAUCAUCAAAAUGGAACAUAAGAGAAAUACAGCCUUGGAAAGCAACGAAGAGUUUGCUGCAUCUUUUCUUGACGCAUUAAACAGCCUCUUUCUGGCCAUCAAGAACAUCAACAGUGAUACGUAUGCUGAAAUUCUAAAAAUAGUCCAUAGUGAGAAGAAGUUUUUCAAAAGGGUCAUCUUCAGCAAUUUACCAGAUGUCUACAUGUCAUACGUCUAUUCAACAACACGAGACUACAACUUCGAUGUACUGGUUUCAUUGUACGAUAGCAGACCGUAUCUUGUAGAAGAGACAAUUCUAAAGGUAAACCAAGGAGAAUUAUUGAUUCCAAGAAAAUCAUUCAUUGAUAAGAUAAUGGAAAACGACAAAUACUUUGCCAAGAUGAUCAUCAAACUGGAUUUAACAAAAGAGGAAUUGGCAAAUGUGACUGAAAACUCAAACUUAUUCCUGGUUGAAUAUUUCACACAAAAGGCUGGUCCAAUGGUUGAUCUCUGUAAAGUAUUAGCUAACAAGAGUGAGGAAUUCAUUAUAGAAUUUCUGGAGAACAAUGUCAAUAGCGAUAAUAUGCCAAAUUUAAUCAGAAGCAUAAGUUACGCAAUUAAGCUUACAUCAAACCUGAAAGAGUUCAUUUUGAACAAUUUUGGAGACAGAAAGGAGUAUUUCAACGCACUCAUUCCAUUUCUCACAGUUGAUGAAAUAGAAGAGAGACUAGGAAUGUGGUACGAGAAGAACAAGACCAUUGAAGCACUGUUGAGGAAGUAUCACUCAGGUGACUUACUAACUGUCUUACACAAAAUGGUGUAUUCUAGAAACAUCAAGGCCGUAAUUGAAGAAACACUUGAAAGUAACAAAUUCACCGAUAGUGACUUCAUAUUUCUGCUGAAGUUCCUGGAGACUACUGAAUGUGAUUUCAAAUACAAAACAUGCUUAGAUUGCAUGAAUAAGCGUAAGAGUCUCCAAAAGCAAUGCAUUGUGUUUCUAGAACACUCUCCUGGCAGUAUCACCAAUAAAGAAUACGUCAGCUGUCUUGAGGCAGCUGGCAACCUAAAGCUGUACGAAAAUGUACCAAUUCAAGAAUUGUUUGACUUGGUCCAAGGUAACCCCAGAAUGAAGAAGCAGCUUCAGAAGCUGUUGAAUAAGUCAAAGAAGUCAACCAAAAAGCAGAAUGAGAUGAAGGCGUUUUUGAAUCUAUGA